AUUUUUCACAAUAAUUCCGAUCCCAUGAAACAGUUUAAUCUUGCCGAUAUGUGGUCUCUAGGAAACGGACGAUAUGAACCUUUAUCACGGUGGUUGGCAUUAUUUCUUCACCAAGUUUUCCACCUGACGUCAACCAUGGCCGAAACCACAGAAACCGAAAAGGACUCGUCCUAUUUCGAGGCUAAACACAUGACCCCCGUCUGGAUCGCCCUGGGUGUGGUUAGUGGUGUCCUGGUCACGUGCAUUCUGUGCUGUGGUAUAAAGGCCUGGUGCUGCCGAGGCAGUAAGACCGAAGACCAAAAGAAGGCUGAACAAAGGGCAAAGAUGAAUCGGCCUCCAAGUGAGGCUCUGGCGAAGAAGAGGAAGGAGAAGAAGACGAAAGCUCAGCAAGAAGACAACAAACCUUACAGGAAUAAGUCAUUGGCGUCUCUGCGCAGUCAGGGUAGAAAGGGGAACAGCAGGCCGGAGACCAGGGCAUCUGUGAUAUACGACAGGGAGCUGGGGGAUUAUACGAUCAGCCCGGAAAGCAGAAUGGGAGAUUAUGGCAAGGAUAUCAACAUGGCCAACUACGCCGUCUACGAUCCGGUGAAGGCGUAUCGGAUGGAGACCCCACGCGACCAAUCGCCCACUGAUUCGCUAAACGACAACAUGCGGCGUCCGCUGACGAAAAACGCCGCACAGGAGGAUGCCGACUUAGCUGAUCGCUACCUGACGCAGUAUCGGAUGACCUUGACCUCUAGUAAGGGCAAGAAAUCUGCCAAAGGGGGUAAAAAGAUUUACACAGCUUGAUAUUUGCGCCAAAUCUGAACAUAAUUAAUCAAUUCUAUAAAGUCGGUGACGAAAAGUUCUUGCCACAACUACUGUCUUUCUAAAUGAAUAAAUUGGUCUGGCCUAUAUUGAGUAUUAAGGCCAAGUACAUUGUAUAGGCGAAGAACAAGGGCGAAGAAGAAGCCAAUCGGGUUAAAGAAGCCUGAUUACGGUGCAAUCAUUGCGCGAUGGAUCACUUGACCUUAUAAAAAUGAAGAGAUGUAUAUACUGCUGAAACUGUCUUCGUGUACAAUCACAAGGCCCAUCCGUCCAUGGGAAACCACCCCUCAUAGAUCUUGAGUUCAUUUAGUUGAGGAACUAAACUACGUGCUUCGUUUGCAAGCCAUCUCUUAUCGAUAACAUUGUCCAAAGAUGUGUUGGUGAAUGACUGUGGCAAACUCUGACGUACAAUGAAAUUUGCCAACUCAAGUAUUGCGUUUCGGCAUAUUUGAGACAUUACAUUCACAAUUCCACUGGCCGUACAACACUUGGUUUCGGAAUUUUGUUGUACUGUCCAAUCGCCUUUCAGUCAUAAUUUCAAAGGGGGGGGGGGGGGGGGCUUAUG